AUGAACUAUGAAGCAGACGUCGUCUCCUUGUCACUAUCGCCGCUGGCUUGUACUUCCAUUCCAGUAACAAUUUUCGACUCGAUUGGGAUUUCUUUUGGGCUGAUAUUUUAUCCGACAAGUGGUGUCAUUGCUGUGUCAAGGGUGUCAUUCUCAUUGGACGCAAUCAUGACAAAAACUAAAAUAAAGGGGGAGAAGGUCGCCGACUUCGGUCUCAGCGGCGUCCGAGGACCAGCACAGGCAAAAGCCGAAAGCCGCCAGUUCUCAAGCAACCAAGCGCAUAAUUACGUAGCACAAUACGAGUCUCCUUCUAGUUCCACGCCCUCAACAGGUCCUCGCGACGAGCAUUUAACCUUCGUCGCAGUGUAUUGCUUCGAUCCCAGCACACUACCCAACUGGCCUUUCGAGCGGCAGCGCCCGCUGCCUUUGGUGCCGGGGCAGGUUGUAAAAGUCUUGUACGACGAUGGGUCCGAUUGGUUGCUGGGAAAUUUGCUGCAAAGCCCGGCCAGGAAAGGCUAUUUUCCGAGAAACUAUGUGGUUACGGUAGAGGAAUAUCGGGCGGUGAUGGAGGAAUUCAUCUCGUCCGGGGACGAGGAUAUUAGCGAUAGGCGUUCCACCACCCUGAAAAGAUAGGAGGCACUAACAACACGACUUCCAUGCAGCAUUGCUAUAACAGGACAAAAGAAUGACCAUCUUCAGGGAGGCCUUGUUGGUCGUGGUCGAACGUUUCCACAGGUGCUCAUUUUUCAGCACUGUCUUUCAAUAAAUCAGGCUUGCCUGGCUGCUACAACAA